UUUCCUGACAAAACGAUUUUAACGAACGAGCCAAACGGAGUUCCGAUAACGGCGUAUAAAAUAUAUUAUAUAUUUAUACACUUUUUUCGAGCUAUAAACAAUCAAAAAGCCUUCCACAAUGGGCAUUGGCUAUGGACCUGCCGACGAGCAGCUGGAAAAACAGAUCGGCUGCGUGAAGUACACGCUGUUCUGCUUCAACAUUAUCGCCUGGAUGAUAUCGACGGCGCUGUUCGCCUUGACCGUUUGGCUGCGUGCCGAGCCGGGCUUCAAUGACUGGUUGCGCAUCCUGGAGGCGCAGGCCUUUUACAUUGGCGUCUAUGUGCUGAUCGCCAUCAGCAUCAUCAUGAUGGCCGUCAGCUUUCUGGGCUGUCUCAGUGCGCUCAUGGAGAACACACUGGCUCUCUUCGUAUUCAUUGGCACACAGAUAUUCGGCUUUAUUGCCACUGUGGCCGGCUCGGCCAUAUUGCUGCAGUACAGUACAAUUAAUUCGAGCCUGCAGCCGCUGCUGAAUGUGUCGCUGCGGCGAUUUGUGUCCACUUCUGAGUACUCCUACUCUAACUAUGUGCUGACCAUGAUCCAGGAGAAUAUUGGCUGCUGCGGUGCCAGCGGACCGUGGGACUAUUUGGACUUGCGCCAGCCAUUGCCCAGCUCGUGCCGCGACACCGUCAGCGGCAAUGCCUUCUUCAGUGGCUGCGUGGACGAGUUGACCUGGUUCUUUGAGGGCAAAACUUCCUGGAUUGUGGGACUGGCCAUGGUGAUGGCAAUGCUAUCGGUGAUCUGUGGCGUUAUGAGCUUUGUUCUGGUCCAGGCCGUCAAGAAGGAGGAGGAACAGGCCAGCAACUACAGACGCUAAGAGCUGACAUAAAGCCAACAUAACAACCAUUUAGUUAACUAAGUUUUAAGCGUAAUGAAGCAAAAUACUACCCUGAACCCAACUAAUAACAAGUAAGAAAACUCUAGUCGAGGGUGCUCGACUAGAUACUACCCUGAGC